AUGUAUAGACGGGCGAUGGGUUUAUCACAUUAUCGAUUGAGAGAGAAUGAGAAUGUGGAUGGUGUUCGAUCAAUUGAAAAUACACGAAAUAAUAACUGGGCUUCGAAAUUGAUGAUAGAUCAAGAUGAACAACUGCAUUCGUCAAACCAUGAUUAUAUAAGUGAUUCGGACACACUAUUCACCGAUCGAAAAUUGAGCGAAAUGUCCAAAUUACAUAAAAGCAAUCAGUUAUCGUCGUCAGCAGAUUUAUCAAAAGAAUAUCCUCGAGGUGUUUUAUGGCCACGGAUGUGCUACUUCGCGCGAACAGAAAAGCAAGGAUUCCAAACAAAAAGAUGUUUUUCUUAUGAACAUGAACAGAACAACUAG